UCUCUUUUCAAAAGGAAGCUCGAUACUGCUGCUAGCAAUGCAUCCUGAGAGGUGGCUUUGUUGGUGUUACCCUGCUUUCUGUGUGUGGGCAUUCAUGUUCACAUCCAUGAUUAAAGAUACCACAGCCUGUGAAUCCGAGGAACGGUUAUUUCACAGACUCUUCUCCCAGUACAACCAGUUCAUCAGGCCAGUGGAAAAUGUCUCUGAUCCUGUCACAGUGUAUUUUGAAGUGGCCAUUACCCAGCUUACAAAUGUGGACGAAGUCAAUCAGAUUAUGGAAACAAAUCUGUGGCUAAGACACAUUUGGAAUGACUACAAAUUGCGAUGGGAUCCCAGAGAGUACGAUGGCAUUGAAUUUGUUCGGGUACCAGCAGAUAAAAUUUGGAAACCAGAUAUUGUCUUGUAUAAUAAUGCUGUGGGAGAUUUUCAAGUUGAAGGCAAGACCAAAGCCCUGCUUCACUAUGAUGGAAUGAUCACCUGGACCCCACCAGCUAUUUUUAAAAGCUCUUGUCCCAUGGAUAUUACCUUUUUCCCAUUUGAUCAUCAGAACUGUUCACUGAAGUUUGGCUCAUGGACCUAUGACAAAGCCAAAAUUGAUCUUCUGAUCAUUGGAUCCAAAGUAGAUAUGAAUGACUUUUGGGAAAAUAGUGAAUGGGAAAUAGUUGAUGCUUCUGGCUACAAACACGACAUCAAGUAUAACUGCUGUGAAGAGAUUUACACUGACAUAACGUAUUCCUUUUAUAUUCGGAGGUUGCCAAUGUUUUACACCAUAAAUCUGAUCAUUCCCUGUCUCUUUAUCUCAUUCCUGACUGUAUUAGUUUUUUACUUGCCAUCUGACUGUGGUGAGAAAGUGACUCUUUGCAUUUCUGUGCUGCUUUCUUUGACUGUAUUUUUACUAGUGAUCACAGAAACAAUCCCAUCCACCUCUUUAGUAAUUCCCCUCGUAGGUGAAUAUUUACUCUUCACUAUGAUAUUUGUGACUCUGUCAAUUGUCAUCACAGUGUUUGUCUUGAAUAUACAUUACAGGACUCCAACCACACACACAAUGCCCAAAUGGGUAAAAACUGUCUUUCUUAGUCUGCUCCCCAAAGUCCUGUUAAUGCAGAGGCCACUAGAACAGCAGAAAAAAAGCAUCUCCAGAAAAAACAAGAAAGGAUCAGCCAGUACAUCAGGCAAGUCAAAGUACAGCAAACACAAAGAUACCAAAUUACACAAGGAGCAGCGGUGCAGUCACUGUGAUAAGGCAACUGAACUCAGUACCACCAAAAGAAGACUGAGCCAUCAGUCACUGAAAUGGAUGGCAGAUCACAUGGAAUACUCCCCAGAAGUGAAGGAUGUCAUUAGCAGCGUUCAGUUCAUUGCAGAGAACAUGAGAUCUCAAAAUGAAACGAAAGAGGUGGAAGAUGAUUGGAAAUACGUAGCUAUGGUGAUAGAUAGAGUAUUUCUCUGGGUAUUUAUAAUCCUUUGUGUGUUUGGGACUGCAGGGCUCUUUAUCCAGCCACUGAUAGCAGAUACAUAACUGGAUCCUCUGCUUUUU